AGAGCGCAGGAUCGGGACGAUGGAGAAAGUCCCUCCUCCACAACAUGAAGAUGAGACCAGUGAUGCUCUGACCACUGCACUCCACUUCACAUCUACAGGUCCGUUUUCCACAAUGGAGUACAGACAUGAUGUGGGUUUGGAGGAGCUGUGUCCGGUCUGUGGAGAUAAAGUCUCUGGGUACCAUUACGGUCUGCUCACCUGUGAAAGCUGCAAGAUAAAUAGAGACGCCUUCUUCAAGUGGAUCCUUCCUUUUCUUCAACACUCGCAGGGGUUUUUCAAAAGAACGGUUCAAAACAACAAAAAGUACGUCUGUGCAGAAAACCAGGAGUGCAGAAUUGAUAAAACUCAAAGGAAACGGUGUGCAUUCUGCAGAUUUCAAAAGUGUCUUCAUGUUGGCAUGCGACUGGAAGCUGUUCGUGCAGAUCGAAUGCGAGGCGGCAGAAACAAGUUUGGCCCCAUGUACAAGCGUGAUCGUGCCCUCAAACAGCAGAGAAAGGCUCUGAUUCAAGCUAGUGGGUGCAGAAUUGAAAGCAGUCCACCUCUGGUCUCCUCAACCCACCAGAGAGACUUGACCUUUACUGGUGGCCUCCACCCAGUUCCCGUCCUUCACAGUACCCCACUAUUCACAGCACAGAAUGAUCAUAUCAGCUACCAGUCUCCAGCACUGUGUUCGCUCCUGCCCUUCAACUCAGCUGGUGCCACCCAGAACCAGUCCACCUCUUUCUCAAACUGGAUCAUCAAGUCAGAGCACACCAACAACUGUGCAAGUUCACCAGGCUCUGCUGCAGGAAUUGGCUCAGAUGAGCUAUACUCAAGGCCUUUCUCUCCACAAGGUCCCAGGAUGCCUCAACUAGUGAUGGAGUUACUGCGCUGCGAUUCAGAUGAGCUAAAGCUGCAGAAUAAGAUCACUGCUCGUCUCCUGCAGGAGCAGGCGGGCUGGGAGAAACAAGGGAACCCCAGCACCUUGAGCCUGAUGUGCCUCAUGGCUGACCAGACGCUGUUCUCCAUCGUGGAGUGGGCUCGCACAUGCAUCUUCUUCAAACAACUUAAGGUAAGUGACCAGAUGAAGUUGCUGCACAGCUGCUGGAGUGAACUGUUGCUCCUGGACAUCAUCUCCAGACAAGUCCUGUAUGGCAAAGAAGGCAGACUGCUCCUGGUGACUGGGCAAGAGAUGGAGCUGUCAGACAUAGCCUCUCAUGCUGGUCCUACCUUGACCAGCCUAGUCCAGAGAGGACAGGAGCUGGUUGAGAAGCUCCAUAUCCUAAAGGUGGACCGCCAAGAGUUCGCCUGCAUCAAGUUCCUCAUCCUCUUUAAUCCAGAUGUGAAACAGCUUGAAGACCAUCCAUUCAUAGAGAGUGUGCAGGAGCAGAUUGAAGGAGCCCUGCUAGAGUACACACUGUACACCUCUUCUCAAUUUCUUGGACGCUUUGCACAUCUGCUGCUGUGUUUGUCUGAAUUACGCUCUCUCAGCAACCUCGCUGAAGACUACCUGUACUGCAAACACCUGAGUAGUGAGGUGCCCUGCAACAACCUGCUCAUUGAGAUGCUCCAUGCCAAGCGCAACUGGUCUUGAAGACUCAGAAGCUCUGUGAUUGUCUGUACAUAUUAGUAUUACGCUGUGAUGAAUGUGUAAUACAAUGAGAUUAUCCCUGAUAUUUUUCUGUGCUUUAAGACUGAAUUUUAGUAAUAAUAUGAACAAUAAAUAAUAUUAUAAAUGGAGAAAUGUGGCUUGUAUUCACUGAAACUAGUAACAUUUUACUUAAAGGAUCUGACAUUUUGGCAAAUAUUAAACCCAGCAUCAUAUGAUAAUAUUGAUGUCAAUUUAAUUCUUAUUGUGAUUAGAAUAUAUUUCAAUUUUUUGGCAAUGUAGCACUGUGCAUUGCACAGAGAAAAUCUCAAUACAGCACCAGAUUGUAUCAAUGUAAAUAAUAUUCAGAUCAUGCACAGAGGGGCUUUAAAACACAAUACAAACUAAAAGAAAAGUUGUUCUUUUCAGUUAUACACCUCACAUGUCCAUACUGUGUAUUAUUCUGCUGUGUUCAAUAAAUCUAUUUUAAAAUUUG